AUGCCAGGUUCCCAAAUCCGAAGAUUCAUAUCAUUGCGAUUUGUUUCUGAGCCUUCGGACACUGUAACUGUGCGGAGCGGAUCUUUUCUACUGAACUGCUCGGCCACAGCAGACCAGGGCCCAGUGACUAUUGGCUGGAGAAAAGACGGAGCCUUCUUAAACCUGGCCAUGGAUGAGAGAAGGCAGCUGAUGCCUGAUGGAUCCUUAAUGGUACAGAAUGUGAUCCACUCGAAACACCACCGACCUGACGAAGGAUUGUACCAAUGUGAGGCCUCAGUUGAGGGGGCUGGGAUGAUAGUCAGCAGAACAGCUCGACUGACUGUGGCAGGUCCACUGAGGUUCACCGCGCAGACAAAGUCAGUCUCUGCUUAUGCAGGAGACACUGCCCUGCUGAAAUGUGAAGUUAUCGGUGAACCCAUGCCUUCCAUUCAUUGGCAGAAAAACCACAAUGAUCUGAAGUUAAGUGCUGAAGACACACGUGUAUCUGUUCUCCCCUCUGGAUCGUUGGUGAUCAGUAAACUUCAGGCAGAGGAUAGCGGGUCCUACCGUUGCCUGGCAGAAAAUCCUGGAAGCUCAAGGACUGGAAAUGAUGCUGAGCUUUACGUUUUGUCUGAAGUUGGCGUGCCCAGACAAUUAACGUUCAUUCAGCGACCCUUAAACACAGCUGUCCUGGAAGGAAGAAACGCAGUUAUGGAAUGUUGUGUGUCUGGAUUCCCAACUCCUACAGUCAUGUGGAAGAAAGGGGAUGAGCUUGUUCAGACCAGGUCCAGAAAGUACUCAAUGCUGGCUGGAAGUAACUUGCUCAUCAAAAGCGUGACUGAACAAGAUGCCGGGCUUUAUACAUGCGUUGCCAACUCUGAGAAUAAGACAGUCGGUGCCUCAGCAGAGCUCUCUGUGAUGGUUCCUCCAAGCUUCCUAAAGCGUCCUUCCAACCUCUAUGCUUAUGAGAGUAUGGACAUUGAGUUUGAAUGUGCAGUUAGUGGAAAGCCAGUCCCUACUGUGAGAUGGAUAAAGAAUGGAGAGGUGGUCAUUCCCAGUGAUUACUUUCAGAUUGUGAGUGGCAGCAACCUCCGGGUACUAGGUCUGGUGAAGUCAGAUGAGGGUUUUUACCAGUGUGUGGCAGAGAAUGAUGUUGGGAAUGUGCAGACCAGUGGACAGCUAAUCAUUCCAGAACCCGCCUUACCAAACUCUGGUGUCCUUCCUUCUGCCCCUCGGGAUGUGGUCCCCGUUCUUGUCUCCAGCCGUUUUGUCCGACUCAGCUGGCGUCCACCUGCGGAAGCACAUGGAAGUAUUCAGACAUACACGGUCUACUUCACCAGGGAAAGUGUUAACAGGGAGCGUGCAUUGAAUACCUCCCACUAUGGAGACCUGCAGCUUACCAUUGGAAAUUUGAAGCCAGAAGAAGCCUAUUUGUUCAGGAUCGUAGCCUACAAUGAUUUUGGACCAGGGGAAAGUUCACAACCGAUUAAAGUAUCGACUCAGCCUGAGUUGCAAGUUCCAGGACCAGCAGAAAAUUUUAAAGUAGUUGCCACUUCACCCACCUCCAUUCUGGCCUCCUGGGAUCCUCCUGCUUAUGCAAACAAUCCAAUCCAAGGCUACAGGCUGUUUUGGACAGAAGUCACUGGCAAAAAAGAACAGAGCAUUGAUGUGGAUACUAUCACUUACAAACUGGAAGGACUGAAGAAGUUCACCAAGUACAGCUUGCGAGUUUUGGCUUUCAACAGACAUGGAGCAGGUGUCUCUACCCAGGAUGUGCUGGUCACGACACUGUCUGAUGUGCCCGGUGCACCCCCUCAGAAUGUUUCGUUGGAAGUGGCAAAUUCUCGUAGUAUAAAGGUCAGCUGGCUGCCACCACCAUCCAAUAUGCAGAAUGGUUUUAUUACUGGAUACAAAAUCAGGCACAAAAAGAUUGGCCGAAGGGGUGACAUGGAGACCCUGGAACCCAACAACCUGUGGUAUCUCUUUACAGGUCUGGACAAAGGAGGGCAUUACAGUUUUCAAGUUGCUGCCAUGACUGUGAACGGAACAGGACCAGCAUCUGAGUGGUUCACAGUGGAAACACCGGAGAAUGAUUUAGAUGAAUCCCAGGUUCCUGACCAGCCAAGUUCUCUUCAUGUCAGACCCCUGACUACAAGUAUCGUAAUGACUUGGACUCCACCUUUAAACCCGAACAUAGCAGUCAGGGGUUAUAUCAUUGGUUACGGAGUGGGGAGUCCCUAUGCUGAGACUGUGCAGGUCGACAGCAAGCAACGUUAUUUUUCCAUUGAAAAUCUAGAGCCAAGCUCCCAUUAUGUUAUUUCUUUGAAGGCCUUUAAUAAUGCAGGGCAAGGAGUCCCUCUGUAUGAGAGUGCCACCACCAGGGCAUUGUCAGACCCUGUUGACCCUUUAGAUGUUGAUUUGUUUCAUUUGUUUGGUGAUCUUCCUACCUCGAUCCCAGAUGCCUCCACCCCCAUGUUACCACCUGUAGGUGUGCAAGCAGUUGCAGUCAGCCACGACUCUGUCAGAGUCAGCUGGGCAGAUAAUUCUGUGCCUAAAAACCAGAAGUUGACAACAGAUGGACGUUUUUAUACGGUUCGAUGGAGGACAAGCUAUUCUGCCAAUGCCAAGUACAAGUCUGUAGAUGCAACAGCUUUGAGUCAAACUGUGACAAGUCUCAAACCUAACACCAUGUAUGAAUUCUCAAUCAUGGUAACCAAAGGGCGGAGGUCAAGCACAUGGAGUAUGACUGCACAUGCUACAACAUAUGAAGCUGCUCCCACUUCAGCCCCAAAGGACUUGACUGUGAUUUCCAGAGAAGGAAAGCCUCGAGCUGUCAUCAUUAGCUGGCAACCGCCAAUGGAGGCCAAUGGAAAAAUCACUGGCUAUUCUUUGUUUUAUACAAUAGAGAAGAAUGCGCCCAUUGAUGAAUGGGCAAUGGACUCAGUGAGUGGUGAUAGACUAACCCAUCAGAUUCUGGAUCUCAAUUUGGACACGAUGUAUUACUUCCGAAUUCAAGGACGAAAUGCCAAAGGCCUGGGACCCGUGUCUGAACCUAUUCAGUUCAAAACACCAAAAGUUGAACACCCUGACAAAAUGGCUAAUGACCAAGGUAGGAGUGUACAUGGAGAUGGAGCAUUCUGGCCAGCAGACACCAACCUAAUUGACAGGAGCAGCUUAAACGAGCCUCCAAUUGGUCAGAUGCAUCCACCUCAUGGCAGUGUGACUCCUCAAAAGAAUGGCAAUCUGCUGGUGAUCAUCGUGGUCUCCAUUGGUGCAGUUACAGUUGUCGUGGUCAUUGUUGUUGCUGUUAUCUGCACCCGUCGAUCUUCAGCACAGCAACGAAAAAAGCGGGCAGCUCACAGUGGUGGCAAACGGAAGGGCAGUCAAAAAGACUUGAGGCCUCCAGACCUCUGGAUACACCAUGAAGAAAUGGAGAUGAAAAAUAUAGAGAAGCCCUCAGGCACAGAUCCAUCUGUGAGAGAUUCACCCAUGCAACAAAGCUGCCAGGAUAUAACUCCUGUCAGUCACAGCCACUCAGAGAACCAGCUAACUAGUAAAAGUGGCUCACAUUCAGGUCAUGAUCCUGAUGAAGUUGAAAGCAGCAUGUCCACACUCGAACGUUCUCUAGGAGCACGAAGGGGAACACGACCAAAACUGAUGAUUCCCAUGGAUUCACAGCCCACCAAUCCAACUGUAGUAAGUGCGAUUCCUGUUCCAACACUGGAGAGUGCCCAAUAUCCUGGCAUCCUGCCAUCUCCGACAUGUGGAUAUCCUCACCCACAGUUUCCAUUGCGUACCAUGCCAUUCCCCACACUGACUGUCGAUCGUGGAUUUGGAUCAGGAAAAACCAUAACAGAGGCUCAAACAUCGCACCUUCAGCAGCCAGCCAUGUUAAGCCAGACACAACCUGAGCAUCCUUCAGGUGAGGAGGCUCCAAGCAGAACGAUUCCUACAGCCUGCGUCCGACCCACUCAUCCACUGCGCAGCUUCGCAAACCCUCUGUUACCUCCUCCUAUGACCGCACUGGAGCCCAAAGUUCCUUACACACCUCUUCUUUCCCAACCAGGUUCUAAUCUUACGCUGAGUCAUGGUAAGACGGCCUCACUGGGACUGGCUGGAAAAGCGAGAUCGCCGCUGCUUCCUGUUUCCGUCCCAACAGCCCCAGAGGUCACAGAGGAGAGCCACAGGACAGAGGAUCAUUCUAAUGUGUAUGAGCAAGAUGACUUGAGUGAGCAAAUGGCCAGUCUGGAGGGCCUAAUGAAGCAGCUGAAUGCCAUCACAGGUUCGGCAUUCUAACCACCACCACCACCCGCUAGAGACAAAUCAACCAGGAGCCAGGCACUAUGCCAGUAUUUACCUAAUG